CAGGUUUCAUUAUGUUGAAAACGUUUUUCCAAGUCAAUGUUAAUUAGCUUACAAGGAGUAAUUCAGGAAUUAAUUCAUCACCAGUCAUGACGCGGGGCGGGGUCGAUAAGUUUUCCCCGACGGUCCCCAUCCCUCGAAGAAUAUCUAAUGAAGGAGUCUAUUAAUUGUUCGGAUGCAAAAAUGGCGCAAGGGGGUAUAUAAAGCGGGGACCGAAGAGGCGACGGUCAUUUCCAACCAUGGUCCGAUCUGGAUACACAGCCCUUUCCAUCUUAGCCGUCUGCUGCAUCGCGACUCAAGCCGGCUCCCACAUCCACGACUGCGCACCCUGCAGGGGCGAAGAGUGCAACAAGUUCAGGACUGACUGUCCGUAUGGUGUGGUCAAAAAUUGGUGCGAACACUACGUCUGCGGUCAGGGUCCCGGAGAAAGGUGCGGCGGCCGUCAUCAAUUCGGUCUGAUCUGUGGCGACGGUAUGCAGUGCAACAGCUGUAAGGUGUGCACUGGAUGUUCUCAAGCUAUGGCCGAAAAUGGAAUUAUGUUAUGCGAUAAUACAUACUGUCCGCCUAAUUACUAGACACAGCAUAUUCUAAAAUGUGCCUUUUCCUCUUCGAAUUCAAUCCAUUAUAUUAGUAUUAUGAUUUCAAUUGCUGUCAUAAACUGUAUUGAUCAUGAAACUUUCAAUAAUUGUUUGAAUUGAUAAUCAGGAAUGUUAUCGAACAACACUUGAGAUGAAUAAAUUGUGAAAACACAAAUAAAUUUACCAAAGGCCAAACAUGUAUUUUUUCAUCCUAAUUAAGUUCUAGAUAAUAAAAUAGAUGCCUCUUUAAUGAAUUAUCAACCUCGCUCGUCCACAACCCUCGACGAGUUAUUGGACGUCCUCUCGUC